CUUGCACCUGGUGUCAGACUGCUGACGUGCCGCAACCAAAAUUGUUUACGGGACAAGUACGAAAAUCGUCAGAAAUCUCAAAAUGUUCGAUAUACAAACGCAUAUGGACUUUGUGGGCCAGGCCAAAGCAGAGCGCUGGUCGCGUCUCAUUAUAACGUUCUUUGGAGUCAUUGGACUCGUCUAUGGAGCAUUUGUCCAACAGUUCUCGCAAACCGUUUACAUACUGGGCGUUGGGUUCCUGCUUUCCUCUCUGAUUACCAUUCCCCCGUGGCCUUUUUAUCGCAGCAAUCCUCUGAAAUGGCAGAAGCCGGUGAAUACCGAGCAGAAGACACAGGCUGGCGAUUCAGGAGACGAGGGAAAGAAGAAGAAGAAGUAAAAGUAACUUUGAGUUUUAUUCCACUUUAAAAUAAAUUAACAAAACUUAAA